UGAAUCCUACUCCGUUCAUUAAACAACUCACCGCCAUUUUGUAUCGAGAUGACUGCACAAAAAAACCUCAGACUUGAAGAAGUCACCCUUGAAGAUGUACCCGUUCUCACAGAGGUUUGGUUCGCAGCUUUUACCGAUCCUGGAAUCCGACGCAUCUGGCCUGACACACCGGCGGUACGCAACUGGUGGACCGAAGGCAAUCGUCACGACUUGAUCCAUAAACCGUUUCAACGCUACGUCAAAGUUGUCGAUCCAGACUCUAAAGAUGCUAAUGGCCGUCCACGCAUCGCGGCGUUUGCCAAGUGGGAUACUUCAAUGCCCCGCGAGCGGGGUCGGAGAUACCCCCCGUGGACUCAGGAUCAGCCUGGUCAAUUCUGCGACGAGUUCAUCGCCAAGGAGGAGGCGGAAAGACUCCGCGUUAUGGGAGACCAGAAACACUACUAUCUCGAUACGUUGGUCACGCAUCCCGACUAUCAACGCUGUGGAGCUGGCUCAAUGCUUAUGAAAUUUGGCUGUGACCUGGCAGACAAGGACGGAGUUGCAGCGUAUGUGGAUGCAAGCAAGUCUGGGGCCGGACUUUACAAACGUUUUGGGUUUGUGGAUGAGAGCUUACCCGAUUCUGGCGACGUCGCGUCCAUGGUUCGACGAUAACGCCUGUCGGUCUUUGCAACCUGGGCUGUGCCGCUGCAACGUUGUAAUGAUCAAGAAUUAUUGAAUAAAGUAUAAACUACUCUUAUAUUGAAGUUGGAGCUAUUAGACUA